GAAUAACGUCAAUUCGUCGAUUCCCGGUGUGUUUGUGUGAUUGAACGAAAAACAAUAAGAAGGCUGCAGUAAAGAAAUUAAUUUUGCAAAAAGUUAAGAAAAAUAUACCAAAACUAUGCCGGAAUCGGAUGUAACAAAAAUGAAGGUGGCUGACUUGAAGCGCGAGCUAAAGCUGCGUGGCCUUGCUACCACGGGUAAUAAAACGGAACUUCAAGACCGCCUACAAACAUCACUACUUGAGGGUGAUAUUUCUUUGGAAGAUUCAGCUAUUACGAAUGAGGAUGCAUUGCUUGAUGAAGAUGCUGUAUUAACCGAUGAAGAGGAGUCGCCGAUUGCUGCAGAUGAAAACGAGUUACUUAAAAGUCCUACCAGUACACCUACUGCUUCUGAAUUGCCUUCUCCUUUGAACGAAAACAAGCCAAGUACGGAUGGCACAAAUACUGCAACUAAUCAAAAAAAAAUUAUUUUGAAGCGCAAAGUUUCUUCAACAAAUGAUGGGGAUAAAAUUUCAUCGGCUACUGAAGACGCAACAUCAACAACAGCAAAAGAGAAUACCGAGCCACCAAAGGAAAAGGUUUUAAAAAUGAGCGAGCGCAAUCCGAUUACUGUAAGUGAUCUCAAUUCCAAAGAGCCGACGAACUCUAAAAUUAAUAAUGGCACGAAUACCAGCGGCUCGAAAGUGGUACAAUUAAGCCAAAUGGAACGUUUGGAACUUCGUGCCAAGAAAUUUGGACUAGGCUCAAUCUCGGCCGCUGCAGCAGUCUCACCCAAACCGGUUAGCAAUACAAAGAUAAGUAGUGUUACCACGGAGCCCGCCGUCAAUGAUGUCAAACAAUUGGAAAUGCUAAAAAAACGAGCAGAACGCUUUGGUUGUGUUGUUUCCUCAAAAAUGGCAAAAAUUGACGCUGCGGAGAAAUUACAAAAGCGAAAAGAACGUUUCGGAGCGGGGGGCACAACCACAUCAAGUGGUGGUGCUGUCACCUCCACAAAAUCAGAUGACAUUUGGGCUGAAAAGGCACGAGCACGUUUAGAACGUUUUAAAAAUGCUCAAUCAUUGUCAACAACUGAUAAACAAGCCGCCACGACAUCGAGCGGAAAUACUGAGGAUAACGAGCCGAGUAUAGAUCCAGCACCAGUGGUCACGCCAUCAGCUCCUCCAACUUCAGUUGCUGGUAAUUAGAAAUCGCCAUCCAAAUAACAAUUUGUAUCAUCACCUACAAAGUACUAACGUACAUUACAUCUAGUUCUACGCCGUAACCCGCAAGGAUAUGCUACAUAGUUAAAUUUGUAUCCAUAACAUUUAAUUAUAUUCAGCAAUUUUAAGCAUAAACACUCUACGAGUGAAUAUGAAUAUUUUGUUUGAAUAAAAAAUUACCAUUUUA